AUGUCUGUGUCGUCACGGCAGGCUCAAUUGGAUCGUGAGAUUGACAGAAUCACCAAAGCUACAACCAAUACAGCCGUUUCGGAAGCCCAACGGGAAAUUGAAGCCAAUCAUGCAUCAAUCAACGAAACACAACUCAAAAAGUUGAUAGACUUGCAUGACAACGUUCUUCAAAAUCGAGGUUCUAUACCGUUGCGAAAACUGUAUCAUAAGUAUAGCCAGCUCCAUCUUCAGGAAGGAGAUCUUCAGAACUGGGCAGAGCUGGUGGAUCGUGAUUUAAGAGUUUUAGAAGCCACUAUCGAAAAAGCUAAGAUCAAUCAACAAGAAGAAUAA